CUCACAACUUCAAUCCAUCAAUCAGCCAGCCCUACCAGCCCCCCAAUCUUGCCCCUCUUCUACUAACUCUCAAUCACCUGUUGGCUGUCGGUCGCAUAAAACCAUCUCGGCCAUCCUCGCACUACACUCCUUCCUUCCUUGUUUGUUCGUUCUUAUCUUGAAACCUGCUACGACCUGACCAACAGUAAUCCCGAGUUAUACUAUUCGCCCUGAUUCAUCCCCCGAACCUUAGAUUAUAAAUUUCCCGCUCAUCUUCUCGAAAUGGAUAUCCAACCUUCGAAUGAUGAACUCUACCCAAUAGCUGUCUUGAUUGAUGAGCUUAAACAUGACGAUGUCCUUCUUCGACUAAAUGCAAUUAAGCGCCUAUCAACUAUUGCUCUUGCUCUGGGGCCUGAGAGGACUCGUGAUGAGCUCAUACCAUUUCUGGACGAAUCCGUGGAGGACGAAGAUGAGGUCUUGACCGCUCUUAGCGAAGUACUUGGGAGUUUUGUGGAAUAUGUCGGUGGUCAGGAACAUGGUCACGUGCUCCUUUCGCCUUUGGAGAAUCUUGCUGCGAUCGAAGAACCCCUUGUACGUGAAAAGGCAGUCGAUUCCCUUAACAAAAUAUGCCAGGAACUGUCUCAAAAUCAGGUUGAGGAGUACUUUAUUCCCCUUGUUAUUCGCCUGUCCAAAGCGGAUUGGUUCACUUCGAAAAUUUCCGCAACUGGCCUAUAUACUGUCCCAUACUCCAAAGCAACGCCCCGUUCUCAGGAUGGUUUGAGGCAACAUUUUGCGCAACUUGUCCACGACGACACACCGAUGGUGCGGAGGCAGGCUGCGACAAACCUGGCAAAGUUCGCCAAAACGAUGCCUGCUGAUUUGGUUGUUUCGGAAAUGAUCCCCCUGUUUCAACAUCUAGCGCAGGAUGAUCAGGAUAGCGUCAGGUUAUUAACUGUAGAGGUCCUUAUCAGCAUCGCUGAGGUUGUCCCAAAAGACCAACAGGCCAGUCACGUUGUUAUUUUGACAAUACUAAGAAGCCUGUUUGGGGAUAAGAGCUGGAGGGUCAGAUACAUGGUUGCAGAUAAAUUUGAGAAGAUUGCAAAAGCUGUUGAGAGCGAUGUCGUUCGACGGGAUCUAGUCCCAGCUUUCGUGAAGCUUUUGAAGGAUAGUGAGGCAGAAGUACGGACGGCGAUUGCCGGCCAGAUUCCCGGUUUCUGCAAACUUCUCGACCGUCAAAUCCUUCUUGAUGAAAUUAUGAGCCCGGUUGAAGAUUUGGUCACCGAUACAUCCCAGCACGUGAGAGCCGCCCUUGGGACCCAGAUCAGCGGAUUGGCACCAAUACUUGGGAAGGAUGAAACUAUCUCGCAUCUUCUACCCAUGUUCUUACAGAUGCUCAAGGACGAGUUCCCGGAUGUCCGUCUACACAUCAUCUCAAAGCUCGAGCAAGUGAAUGAUGUUAUCGGAAUCGAAUUACUCUCCCAGUCUCUACUUCCCGCGAUUGUUCAGCUGGCAGAGGAUAAGCAAUGGCGUGUCCGGCUUGCAAUUAUCGAGUACAUUCCACUCCUGGCUAAGCAACUUGGCGUUGAGUUUUUCGACGAGAAGCUUGGAAAUCUGUGCAUGAGCUGGCUGGGAGAUACAGUUUUCUCAAUCCGCCAAGCCGCAACUCUAAAUCUCAAACAAUUGACAGACGUAUUCGGCGUUGAGUGGGCCCGACAGACCAUUAUUCCCAAGGUUAUGGCAAUGGGCGACCAGCGCAACUAUCUGUAUCGCAUGACCACAUGCGCAGCAAUUACAACAUUGGCUCCUGCGGUGAACGUUGCUGCUAUUGAAGAAUUCAUCCUCCCAAUGAUCCACAAACUAAUCCGCGAUCCCAUCCCCAACAUCCGCUUCAAUGUCGCCAAAUCCUACGGCGUUCUUAUCGAUGUUCUCCGAAAGCUUCCUGCUGAGGGAACUUUGGCUAAUGUAAAGCCCGAUAGCGCCGCUGGCCCAAGUGAUCUGGGGUUGGAAUUGAUCCAGAAGCAGAUUGUACCGAAUCUGGAGAAGCUCCAGGCGGAUAGCGAUGUUGAUGUUAGAUUCUUCGCGGCCCAAGCCAUGGCUAAUAUUGGCGACUUGAUGCAGACUUCGUAAAAGAGGAGAGGGAUCCGGAUUUUAUUGAGCUUCUCUAAUUCGGUUUGUUUGAUAGAUUGCCAGGAAUGGGGUACUGUCUUUAGGAGGGUAUGGCUAAGGUAGCGAAGAGAUACCGGUUGGCAUUUGGGGCAAAACGGCAGAUAGUUGAGGGUUCGAAAUAGGGGAUUUCCUUCUUACUUUAUGGAUGUUGCAUAUGACUCCUCUUUUUUCCUUCCACCCGUUAAAGCACCGCGAGCACCUGAUGGGUAGGCACUAAUCAUAGAGAGAUGUAACCAAAGAAGCUUUGAAUUAGACGGUA